CCAAAAACGUUCCAACGGACAUUCACUAACUCAGCCGGAGAAACUUAUCGGCGAUGGAGGGAGAGGGAAGCGGCGCCGUCGCUAAAGUUGACGCGGGAUCAAGAAACAGCUUCGUUGAGCUCAAUGGGGACAAGGGGGUGAACGCUGCGGAAGAGCAAGAGCAAGACGGAGUUGAAGAUGUGCCAGAAGAGGAGGAUGGAGAAGACAUGGAUGCAGGUGAAGAAGAAUACGUCGAAGACGAGGGGGAAUAUACUUUCAGGUUCGAAGAUGGGAUCAAUCCUUUGGAUUUUGUGGAGAAUAAUGAUUCUGAGGUCCAGAGUUAUCAGCAAUUGGAGCGCCUUGAGAAUGAAGCCCUUGCUGAUAAAAAGCGAAAAGCAGUUGAAGACUUGCACCAUGAUGGGCCUUCUUUCAAGAAGGUGAGGGAAGAGGAUAUUUCAGGGGCUAGUAUGGAGGAGAUAAUGGAGGCACUGAAUUUUGGUGUUCGCAGGAAGUCUAGAAAGAUGCAACCCAAGAAAAGAGGUAGGCGAAAAGGAUCAAAGAAUAAACUUGAUCCUCAGCUAACACGAAUGCUGGGUGAUGCCACCCUUCACUAUGCACGCGAAUGUUAUGAAGAGGCUAUUUCUAUAUUGCAUGAAGUUAUCAGGCUGGCACCAAAUUUGCCUGAUUCAUAUCACACACUUGGACUUAUCUAUAGUUCACUUAAGGAUUAUAAAAAAGCUAUGAAUUUCUACAUGAUUGCGGCUCUUUUGACCCCCAAAGAUGCAUCACUCUGGAAAAUGCUUUUUACUUGGUCCAUAGAGCAAGGUGACAUUGGCCAGGCCAGUUAUUGUCUUUCAAAAGCAAUAACUGCUGAUCCCAAGGACACUACUCUUAGAAUUCAUCGUGCAUCUCUCUAUGUUGAGCUCAAAGAUUAUCAAAAAGCUGCUGAGACAUAUCUUCAAGUUUAUCAACUCUUUCCUGAGAAUAUUGAUGCACUAAAAACUGCAGCUAAGCUCUACCAAAAAUGUGGUCAAGCAGAAUGUUCAAUCCACAUUCUUGAAGACUAUCUUAAGGGUCAACAGGCCGAAACCAAUGAAAGUGUUGUUGAUCUGCUAGCUUCCAUAUACAUGGAGACUAAGGCAUACGACAAAGCUCUUCAGCAUAUUGAGCAUGCUCAAGCUGUACAUUAUUCAGGAAAGGAAUUGCCGUUGAAUUGGAAAAUUAAAGCAGGAAUCUGUCAUAUUCAUCAUGGAAAUAUGCAGAUGGCUCAGGUUCUUUUCAAUGAUUUGAAACCAGAGAAUGCCACCGAGCAUUCUGACUUGGUUACUGAUAUUGCAGAUUCAUUGAUGGCUCUUGAGCAUUACAACUAUGCAUUGAGUUAUUAUCUGAUGCUGGAAGCAAAAUGGGGAAGUAAAAAUGGUCUCCUGAAUCUGAAAAUUGCGAGAUGUUUUCUGUCCUUCAAAGAAAGAUUACGAGCAAUUGAAUUUUUCUACAAAGCCCUGGAAACACUAGAAGAUGAUGUUGAUGCACGGAUAACUUUGUCUUCUCUCCUACUCGAAGAAGGAAAAAUAGAUGAAGCAAUUUUGGUGCUGGUCCCUCCAAAGGACUCUGAUUCUGGUGAAGAACGUUCUGAUAAAUCAAAUAGAUGGUGGGUCAAUGAAAAAGUUAAAUUGAAGCUCUCCAAAAUAUAUUGGGACAAAGGGAUGCUUGGAAAUUUUGUGGAUACGAUAUUCCCUCUGAUACGUAAAUCAUUGUACAUUGGGAAUCUCCAACACUCGGGAAAGACAAAAAAGCGGCUCUCCAAAAAAGAUCUGGUUGAAAGGGUUAAAGUAUUAGAUGAUCAGGAUACGGACAAUGUAUUUCGAGGAUUCAGGCCAAUAGCUCUUCCAUCAGAUCUGCUGAAAGCUUCCAGGGCCAAAAAGAAGCUACAGGAGAAGGCAAUUCUGAAAGAGAAAAGGAAAGCCGAGGCAUUGGCUGCUGGAAUUGAUUGGAUAAGUGAUGAGUCAGAUGAUGAGCCUGGGAAACGUCCUUUGUGCAAUUUUCUCAAAGACGAAGAACAUCAUCAGAUAAUUAUUGAUUUAUGCAAGGCAUUGGCGACCUUGCAAAGGUACUGGGAAGCAUUGGAGAUUGUUAAUCUCACUCUAAGGCUGGCCCACAAUGUACUGUCUGCUGAAAAGAAAGAGGAGCUUCGAUCUCUUGGAGCUCAAAUGGCGUACAACACUACUGAUCCUAAGCACGGUUUUGACUGUGUUAAAAAUAUUGUUCAGCAACAUCCUUACAGUUUUGCUGCUUGGAAUUGCUAUUACAAGGUUACCUCAAGAUUGGAGAAUCGAGUCAGGCAUUCCAAAUUUUUACGUCAUAU